GUCAAAAAUUGCUGUUCAUUCAGCAUUAAAUAGGUGGCAGCACCAUUUAGUUAAACAAAAACUCUUAUAAUGAACAAGCAGACAAACAUUUCAGAUGUCAGGUUGGCGCCCAGAAGCAUAGUUAAAAAGAAGUUUGGUGAAAUAUUUUGAUUCUCAGUUUAUCCAAUAAACUACUUUCAUAAGUUUGAGUGACCAAUCGGCUAAAGAAAAUAUAGCAUCGUAUCUUAUAUAUUUGACGACUAUGCCGUGCUGGUACUAUGAAAAGAAAGAUCUGAAAAGAGAAACACCUUCUAUUCACGAUGGCAUCGACUUUGAAACGGAAUCUCGCUAUCGGAAAGAAGGAGCCCGGUUCAUCAUUGACACAGGAACGAAAAUGGGACUACGUUAUGAUACAAUGGCCACUGGAGUAGUUUAUUUUCAUCGAUUCUACAUGUUUCAUUCAUUUAAAGAGUUUCCUCGCUAUGUGACUGCAUGUUGCUGCCUAUUCCUUGCUGGAAAAGUAGAAGAAACUCCAAAGAAAUGUAAGGACAUUAUUAAGGUGGCCAAGGCAUCAUUGUCAGAAGCACAAUUCCAACAGUUUGGUGAAGAUGCUAAGGAAGAAGUUAUGACACUUGAAAGAAUUUUACUACAGACAAUUAGAUUUGACCUACAAGUUGAACACCCCUAUGGCUACCUCAUUAAGUAUGCCAAAUCUCUGAAAGGAGAUAAAUCAAAGCUUCAAAAAAUGGUACAAAUGGCAUGGACAUUUGUCAAUGAUAGUUUGUGUACUACAUUGUGUUUGCAAUGGGAACCGGAAGUAAUUGCUAUUGCCCUGAUGUACUUAGCGGGGAAACUAAGUAAAUUUGAAAUCACUGAUUGGAGUGGUAGGCAACCCCGACACAUACGCUGGUGGGACAUGUUUGUGGAAGAUAUCAGUUUAGAAAUACUUGAAGAUAUCUGUCACCAAGUGUUGGACUUGUAUUCUCAGCAACCCGCAAGAACCGAUUCUCCUCAAGGGAACCCAGCACUUGGUGUAACCAAAGUGCAGCCUGCGUUGCCAAUUACAACUCCUACGAAGCCAGCCGGUGGACGUGCAGCAGGAGGAUUCGAUCAACGGUUGGACGCUAUGCAACCAAACGUCGAAGUAGCAGCGGCAGCAGGAUAUGUCAAUUAUGCAAUGGGAGUAGCCAAUGCUACUUCUUUACCCGUCGGCGUUCAACCCAGCAUGAACGUUGCACCUCCUAUUAAUGUAUCACAUACGCUUCCACCUCCUCCAGUUGGACACACAUUUCCUUUUCCAGGUUAUCCUAUGAUACCUCCUGCAACUAAUCCCCCAGUUCCACCAACUCCACCACAGGUUUAUCCUCCUCCGCUUCCUCCAACCCAAGCCGCCCCAUUUUAUCCAACAUAUCCUGCUUUUCCUGGGCAAGUGUAUCCUCCUACGCCAACUGCGUCACAACCACCUCCUCCUCCUCGCCCGUACUGAAAGAUCGCAAUAAAACUUACAGUUGAGACAUUUUCAA